UUAAUGGCCGUUGUUUCCUGCGGUGAGCGGCCGAUGGCUCCGGGACAUCGCCAUGGAAACGGAGUACGGGAGAAACCUGUCCUGCCGCUCGGACAGUGGGAGCGGGGACGACUCUCUGGACCGUCUGCUGCCCCCUGCUGGAGCCGCUCGCAGGAGGAGCGCGACCUCCAUGAGUAAAACGGAGCCUCCUCUGCUCCGCACCGGGACCCGCACCAUCUACACGGCGGGACGGCCGCCGUGGUACGACGAGCACGGCACCCAGCCCACGCAGGCCUUUGUCAUCGGCCUUUCCGGGGGCAGCGCCUCAGGGAAAACCACUGUGGCCAAUAAGAUCAUCGAGGCUCUGGACGUGCCUUGGGUCGUGCUGCUGUCCAUGGACUCGUUCUACAAAGUUUUGUCGCCGGAGGAGCAGGUUCUGGCAGCGAGUAACGACUACAACUUCGACCAUCCCGCGGCCUUCGACUUCGAGCUCCUGGUGGCGACGCUGCGGAAACUAAAACAGGGUAAAAGUGUGAAGAUCCCAGUGUACGACUUUACGACGCACAGCAGACACAAAGACUGGAAAAACGUGUACGGCGCCAGCGUGAUCAUAUUUGAGGGAAUCAUGUCCUUCGCCGACAAACAGCUCCUUCAGCUCCUGGACAUGAAAAUCUUCGUGGACACGGACUCGGACAUACGAUUGGUCCGGAGGCUACGCAGGGACAUCACGGAGAGGGGGCGGGACAUCGAGGGCGUCAUCAAACAGUACAACAAGUUCGUGAAACCGGCGUUUGACCAGUACAUCGAGCCGGCCAUGAGGCUGGCGGACAUCGUGGUGCCGAGAGGCGGCUGUAACAUGGUGGCCAUAGACCUGAUCGUGCAGCACGUCCACAGUCAGCUGGAGAAGCGUGAGCUCAACGUCAGGGCGCUCUUGGCCUCAGUGCAGCAGACUCAUCCUCUACCUCAGACCCUGUGUGUGCUGGAGAGUACCCCGCAGGUCAAAGGCUUACACACCAUCAUCAGAAACAAAGAAACGAGUCGAGACGAGUUCAUUUUCUACUCAAAGAGGCUGAUGCGGCUGCUCAUCGAACGCGCUCUGACGUUCCUGCCCUCUCAGGCGUGUGUGGUCCAGACUCCUCAGGGGCAGCAGUACGACGGGCGACGCUUUAACGGGAAGGGGAUCACUGGAGUGUCGAUCCUUCGAGCCGGAGAGACGAUGGAGCCGGCGCUCAGGGCCGUGUGCAAAGACGUUCGCAUCGGAAAGAUCCUCAUCCAAACCAACAUGGACUCAGGAGAACCAGAGCUGCAUUACCUGCGUCUGCCCAAAGACAUCAGUGAAGAUCAUGUGAUUCUCAUGGACAGCACCGUCUCCACCGGCGCCGCGGCCAUGAUGGCGGUGCGGGUCCUGCUGGACCACGAGGUGCAGGAGGAUCGCAUCGUGUUGGUGUCUCUGCUGAUGGCGGAGCUGGGGGUCCAUUCUGUAGCCUAUGCAUUUCCAAAAGUUAAAAUCAUCACGUCGGCCGUGGACAAGAGCCUGGACGACUCUUUACAUGUGAUUCCUGGUAUAGGAGACUUUGGAGACAGAUACUUUGGGACGGACGGAUCGGACGACUGGAGUGAUGAAGAGGAGCAGGAGCCGAGCUGUUAACACAAACCGACCUUAUCCAAACCCACAUUUUACUCUUCAUCCGUCCCAAUAGAUUAUACUUAUUUUUCCCUGUAAGAGACGGGACAUUUCUGCAAAUCCGACCCAUUCAUGAUUUUUUUUUUUUGACGUGGGAACAACACAAAACCUUUGCUGCUAAAAUAUUCAAUGCAUUUUAUAACACGAUGGUACAAAGAUGGUACAGUAGUUUAUUUUUUAAGAGUGCCAUAUGGAACCUGGAUCUAAAUAAUUAUGUUCCUCGGUCCUGCGCAGGUAAAUUCCGAACGGCACUGAGGUUUUCAUUCAUAGUUACACAGUUAUUUCCUCAAUAGUAUUUCCAAACUCUCAGGGUUCACACACAGGCCUGUCCCUCUGCUUGUGAUACACUUUCCAACCGCACGGUGUCAGUGUUGCUCAUGUUAAGUGUCUCUGUUUGAUUUAUAGCCUGUUCUUUUCAGAUAUCAUUCAUUGUUAUAGUCAGGAAGAAAACUACACACGGCUGGUCUCGCGUUUUCAGCCUCCAC